AAAAACAAUCAUAACCACAACGUGGUCUCCGGUCUGUUGAUAUGAUAUUUUUAUGGUCUGUGACCAGUGACCAUAACCAUUGUUUAAAUACAUUAAUAACAUAAUAAUAAAAUUACCAAGUACAAAAUUAUCUGUUGUAGUCAGAAACAAUGAACCAGGUUAAUUAGUAAACCACAGUCUGCGAUAGAUUUUUAACUUAUUGUCCUGUUGUCCCUCCACCUAAAAAUUGUUCAAUGUAUCGUGGAGGUAUAGAUGGAGAUUCUCCAGCUGAAUUGGAGUCGCAAUUCAUAUUACGUCUACCUGAAGAACCAGCCCGAUUACUUCGCGAUGCAAUACACAAUAGUAACACUUUGAAAGAUAGGUUUGCAAUCAAAAUCGAUGACGAUUUGCGACACGGAGAAGUGCGAGUCGACCACUAUUUGAUGAAUGCUAAAGUUGUCGAUUUACCCACAAUUGUAGAAUCUCUGAAGACGAUAGACUCGAAGGGGUUUUAUAAAACGGCAGAUAUUUGUCAAAUGUUAAUAUGUAAAGAAGAAGACGAUCCGACAGUUGACGAAGAUUCGCCACAGAAAAAGAAGAAAGAUCCUAACAAAGUGGAUAAAAAGUACCUGUGGCCGCACGGCAUAACACCGCCAGCAAAAAAUGUUCGCAAGCGAAGGUUUAGAAAAACAUUGAAAAAAAAGUACGUCGAAGCACCCGAGAUUGAGAAGGAAGUUAAACGACUAAUUCGUAGCGACAAUGACGCUUUAGGUAUUAAGUGGGAAGUAAUUAAUGAAGAUGAUGAAAAUCGUAUAAAUCGUGGCACCGUCGUUAUUAAAAAGGAACCAAUUGAGUCUAACAGUCAAAAUGUUGCCGAGGAUGAUAUAUUUGGUGGUGCUGUUAGUGAUUCGGAAGAGGAGGAUACGCACGUUAAUGUUUUAGAAUUAGACGAAACUAGUCAAAAUUCCGCCGAAGAUAGUCACUUAACCGAUUCAAAUUCCGUUAUGAACACUUCUAUGAACAGCAAAAUUUAUACUGAAUUUUCGAGCGAAAUGUUUGGAGAAAUCGCAAAUUCACCGCUUAUGGAUUAUUAUCAUCCUCCUCCGCCUUCCAAUAUACAGUACAGCACUCAAAAUUUAUCCAAGUCGUCCAUCGAAUCUCGAUUGGAGGAGUUAGAUAUGGAGUUGGCGGAUCUAAAAAAUCGUAGAUUACAGCAGGAGAUUGAAAUCGAAAACUUGGAAAAUUUGGCACUCCGCCAACGGUUCCAAGAUAUAUUAGACAGACUAUUGCAGGAACAACUUGAUAAGGAGCAGGAACAGUAUGAAUUGCAACAAAUUUUAAAGCAAGGACAUUUAUAGAGCGCUAUAUAUUUUUAUAUUUACAUUUUUAUGAAAUUAUAUUACGUAUGCAAUUCCAUAGGAUCCUUUGAAAAAAUCUAGUUUUGGGCACAGAAGAUAUUGUUAUUCACUUGUGUGGCACAUAAAUUGAAAUUUCUAGUAUAAACUGUUUUGACAAAUUGAGUAUGUGAUAUAUGCAAUUAAAUUUGCUAUUUUACAUGA